UAAAACAUCAGCCCGAUGCCUCCAGAAAGUGAACCGAUUCGAUGCCAGUCAGUCGAUACUAAUCACCUCACUAGAAAGCAAUUCCCGCACUGGACGAGUAAGACGUAUCGGAUUAUGGGAUUGAAACUGAAAUGGUUCCGACGACGAAUCACAUUCGUUGGAAUUCCGUCCGCUCCGGAACGUAAUAUUCGUAAAAAAGAGCACGACACUGGUAUCACUGUUAUCGGAGUUUAUCGACAUAGCGUCAAUUGUGAGGACUACGUUGAGCCGACUCGGUCAUCCUACUGGGAGCCACCGAACGUACCGAUCGUCACCUCAGUAAUCAGAAAACCAACCACGUCUGCAACUACCAUUUCCCCGUCAACAAGUGCCAACAAGUCAUCUCCCAGAGUCGUUGAAGGGCUUGCUGAUAAGAUAACACCGGCAUCGAAGGUGAAAACGUCUUCGACAGCACUACUCAAUGGACGAAUUGAAACACCCCCGCAGCCAUUAUACUCACCACCACAGCCACCGACCAGACGAGCGAUGGCCAAAACAAAAUCAACUCCAGAUAUUACAACUAUCGACAAUCAAGGCGCGUCCAUUUUAAUGCACCGUUCAGAAAUCGCCCGUUCAGUAGAAGUGCUCACCGAAGAAAUACGACCCGUAAGAGACAACAACCGGAGCCCAAAUCCACCGACACCGCAAUCCAGAGACAAAAUAAAUCAUGCCCGAGAGGAAAUUCUGGAUGAUGAUUUCGAACAAGCUCAAAAACCACAAGGGACUGUCACUCCGUUGAAAAAUCGAAUCAACAGACCGGAAAGUAAUGGAUUCUAUCAACACCAGCAGCCGGAAUUUUUCACUGAAAUUCUAGAGAAAGUAAACGAUUUGGCUCGAUCUCCAAAUAAUUCCCGACAAAAACUGGCGGCACCCCGAAAUCCUGGCGAUUACUCUGAAAUUGAGCCAAAUCAACGCCACCAAGUUGAAGAAACGUUUGACGAUAUCUUCGAGAAAGUGAAAACCAAACCAAUUUCGCCAUCCGAAAAAAUCCAACCAACAGAAUCAAACUCAAAAAUAGUGUACGGUUCAAGUUCGAGUUUAGAGGAUAUUUUCGAGCCACGUACUCCAGAAAUCGACGAAUCUUUUUCACCUGACGUGUUCGCCAUCGGCUCCUCACCUGAAUUCCAACUGAACAACAAUUAUCCCCCAGACGAUUCCAACGGUGCUUCAAAACCUCUCAAGUCGAUACUGAAAAAACGAGCACCUGCUCCACCCGAACCGGUCCAAUCUACAACCACGACUGAAACACCGAUCCCACCGCCUCGUUCAAUCCGCAAAGAAGAACCCGCUGCGAGUAAGCCGAUCACAAACGAGGAGGAAAAUGACGACUACCUCAAUUGGAAUUUGGUAGAAAGGCACCGAUCGAGUAUCAACCAAACCGUUGCAAGUCAGGUCCAUCCCGACAUUCUCAGGAACGUCCCCAGCAGCCUUCAAAAUCAAUCUGACCCAAGACAAAAAUUCAUCAACUCCCGAGCAAUUCAGGAAGCAGCACCACGAACACUACGAGGUAUGCGCACAACCCAAAAUCAACAGUCGAAGUCCGACAGUAUAUUUUUAAGUCAAAACACGCGCAGUUCUCGUGACAACGAAUCAUGCGCGUCCGAUGCAUCCGCAUAGUUUGUUAAUCUUAUCGAAACCCGUAAUAAAGAG